CUGGCUUUUUCUUCUAUAAAAAGCCCCCUUCAGUGUCUGGUAGCAUCACAGCACUCAACAGUCGCCAAGAUGACCUCUCUCACCAGCAGGGACAAAGACACAGUCAAGGCCUUCUGGAACAAAGUUUCCGGAAAGUGCCAGGACAUCGGCAUGGAUGCUCUGUCCAGGUUGUUGAUCGUGUACCCCCAGACCAAGACCUACUUCGCCCACUGGAAGGACUUGAGCCCUGGCUCUGCCCCCGUCAAGAAGCACGGAAUCACCAUCAUGUCCGCCGUGGGUGAUGCUGUGGGUAAAAUAGAUGACCUGAAGGGAGGUAUUCUCUCCCUCAGCGAGCUGCACGCCUUCACCCUGAGAGUGGACCCUGCCAACUUCAAGAUCUUCACCCACUGCAUCCUCGUGGUUAUGGCCAUCAUGUUCCCCAGCGAUUUCACCCCCGAGGUGCACGUGGCCAUGGACAAGUUCCUGGCCGCUUUGUCUCUGGCCCUGGCCGAGAAAUACAGAUAAACCUCCAGAGCGCAUAGCCGCAGGCAGCAGCAUGUCUUUUACUGUAUGCAUGUCAUCAAUAAAAGCAUGGGAGCAAACACUCU